AUGGAUCAAAGCCAUGGUCAUGGCAUCGGUGCCUGGGAUCCGAAUAGCUUUGCCGGCGAAGCGUGGGACCACCAGUUCAGCGCGUUCGACCAGGGCACCGGUGCCGAGAGCAACUACCCAAACCCGGACUUCCUCGACGGCGGUGCUAUUAACCCCCAGUUGUCCGGAGCUGACAAUCAGGGUGGUUUGUAUCGUCCCUUCGAAUACUAUGGCCAGGGCGAUGUCUGGCCGGACCACCCUCAAACCACAGCUGCACCAUUCGCUCAAGACACCUCGCUGCCUCAAGGCUACUACGCGGAGCAGCGUCAUCCAGCUGAUGCCAAUCAGACAAUCGACAGCCGCUUCGCCCUUGAUAUCCAGCAAGGCAAUGAGUUCCCAUCCCAGCUUCACGGCAAUGCCAACCAGCAGGUAAAUCCCCACCACAACUUCAAUCGGGGUGUGGCCACCCCACCAGGGCCGGCGCCGAACAGCUAUCACCAAGGCCCAAUUCCUCAGUGGCAAGACCAAGUGCCUACUGGGUAUGGAUCGGGUCCUCAGUUCGACAAUCCUCUCAGUGCCGCCCAGUCAUCUAACGUCUCUGCCCCGGUCUCUAAUCCCUCACCAUCCCCCUUCUUUUCUGGCCAAGGCGUGAGCGCGCCAACGGUCCCGGGGUAUCAAACGGAGACGCGCCAACAGACUCCCGUGAAUUCUCGACAGGUUCACCCGCAGUUCGCGGCACAGCUGAACGGACAGCCGCAACAACCUGCCCCCGCGCAGCCUCCUUCACGGAAGGCCACACCCCAGCAACUGCCUCAACAGUUUCAGCAGCAAAUUCCCCAGCAGCAAAUUCCCCAGCAGCAAAUUCCCCAGCAACAAAUUCCCCAGCAGGGAAUGCCUCAACAGCAACCAACAAAACAACCAGCUCAGAGGCCCCUUCAGCAACCGGCUCAGCAGCAACCAGUUCAGCAACAGUCAGCUCAGAAGCCGAUUCAGAAGCCCGUUCAACAACCGGGCCAACGGCCCGCCCUGCACCCUGCUGCCCAACCCGGCGCUGCUGGACAGCAUGUUUUCCCUCAACAACCGCUCAGCAAACCUCCGCCGGCCCAGCAACCGCAAAUACCUGAGGGCAAUUCCGCCGCAGGUGUGAAGCGCGGCGCCACCGGAGAAGCGCAGGUCACCCCAGUUGUUGCGAAAAGAGCCAAGGUAUCCGGCCCAGUAACUGCCAAUCCCUCUCUUCCGCCGGUCCAGGAUCAAGCCCAGAAUGUACCCAGCCCCGUAUGUAGCAUCAACUACCAGGAUGCCAGCCUUCUCUCAGCAGCUCGAGGUCGGCCAGGUGCGAGAUGGGUAGGUGUGCCAAAUCUUGUGGUCGGCUCCGCACCAGUGAAGCUUCAAAAGGGGACGCCGACGAAGCGAUAUGUGACCCUCUCGACGAAGGGCGGUCAGGAUCCGUUGUUCUCCAAGAUGUGGCGGGCUUGGACCCCAGCAGAGAGUCUUGGGAACCACGCCAGCACAUAUCAGAAGGCGACGAAUGACUUGGAUCGCCAGCAGGCUGAUAUCCGUCUUGACAUCGAAAUGAAGCGGGGGAAGACCGAAAUUCCAGUCGAUUGGUUUAAGAAGGGACUGAAAGAUCGGUUGGGCAAGGAGCCGCAGCGCGUUGACCCCCCCGCCGAGCCGCUUUGCUCUGGCAUAAAAGCGGUUGAAUACCUGCGCUUUCACCCAGCCCACCUCCGCAACCAGAAGGUGGCUGGAGAUGCCUGUUCCGACUUUGCCGCGUUUCUCCAGUCCAAGGCUGCGAAUCUUAAGUCUGCCCUGCAGGCGGCGGCUGAGAAGCCCAAGGGUAGCCAGGUCGAGCCCAAGGCGCGGACAGCCAAAGAACAACUGGAGCGCGCCGUCGAGGAGGGUCUUCGGGUCGAACCCGGUAAUUUAUUUGCGAAACUGAGCGGCAGCAACAAGAUGGUCGCCAUCUUAAACAACGUCCUUGUGAGGCUUAUCAACGCGGGCGAAGCAAAUUCAUCCCUAGCCAAAGUCAUUCUCCGUCUGUACACGCGGCUCACCAAGGUGACGUCGGAUCAGUUGGAAAUGUUGCAGAUGGAUAAGUUGAGAAAGAAGCUGGGCAAGGAGGGGGACGAUGAGGCGAAAGCACUCAUUGCUCAGGUGUAUGACAAUGCCAGACAGAACGAUGAUGAUGGAAGUGAGAGCGAGAGUGACUCGCCUAGCGCGGAGUCAGGUGCUCGUGGGAAGAAAGCUCCCUCUGCGCAAACCCGGGUGCUCUCAAAACAGAUGACUCCGGGAAGCGACCCGAAAAAGACGGCCACUUCUUCCAUUUCAAAAUCUGCCACCUCAGCCACCGACUCUCGAAAACUCUCAUCCGCACCGUCAUCAAAAACGAUGACCGGCAGCUCCGACGCCAGCAAGGCCGCCGCCUCGAAGGCACCUCAAAAAGUGCUUUCUGGGACCAAACGGCCUCGCGAAGACGAUCCUGCCGGUGCCGAGGUGCGCUCGUCCAAGAAGCCUGCGACAGAUACGUCGGCCAGCGGUGUAAAAGCAACCCCAUCGGCCGCAAAGCCGCCAACAGCCCCCGCCGGCAAAACUGUCAACUCAAAGCCCACCACGGCGCCAACGACUUCUGGGCCCGCGGCUCCUCAGACAAAACCGCGAUCCGGCCUUUUGCUUCCUGGAAAGGUCCGCCCGGCAACCAAGCCUGUGUCUAAGACUGAACCCGCGAAGGCCGACGCACAAAAGAGUUUGGCCAAGGCAGAGUCGACACUCAAAGCUCCGACGGCAGCCGGCGUCACGAAGCUGGCCAAACCCAAGGCUGCCGACACGGCCAAACAGGCUCCCGCGUCGAAGUCGAUCUUCUCUUCCUUGAUGAAGGAAAUCGUCGAAGAGAAGAAAAUCAAGACGCCCAUAGCCGACAAGAAAAAGGUGAACGCUCCCGACCCGAACGAGACACCCGCGGAGCGUGAACGUCGUCUUCACAAAGAGAGGCGCCGGAGCCUUCGAGUCGCCUUUAAGAGCGGCGACGCGCUGGUCGAGAUUCGUGAGUUCACGCGCCACCCCGAGGAGAUCGAGAGCGGCAUGGCGCGCAACGUCAGGACCGACGGCCGCGACAAGAAUAGCGAAGAGUCUCAAAUGAUGAAGCGCCUCCACGGCGGCCAGGGCAUCAAAGCCCUAGAGGUUAACGACCGAGAGUGGGAGGAGCCGACCGUGGUGAACUUCGCCGCCACCAUCCCCCAAGAGAAGAGGGAAAAGACCUACAUCACCUGCGGCGGGCUCAUGACUUUCGAGACCGAGGAGCAGAAGCUCACCAGGGAGCGGGAGUCGAAGGAGUUGAUGGUCAUUUAUCACAACCGCGCCGACAUACCGCCCAGCCCGAGAUCGCCCCCCUACGAGCCGUCGCUUUCCGGGAGCAGCACGGUCCACGAGGCGCACUUGUCGCCCGAGACCCCCGAGUACGAGGAGAUGAUGCAGCGCAGUCGGGAGUGCAACAGAUGGGGCCCUUAUCAUGCCUCUCGCGCAGCCAAGGACCGUCUCGAUACCAAAGCCCGUCCGGACUAUGCCGAUUUCACCAAGACGCUCAAGUCUAUCAACUCGAUCGCUGACUCGUACAACGGGCAGGCUUCUCGCCAACCCGAGGUUCGCCCUCAUCAGCCCGUUGCCCAAGCCGCUGUCAAGGACCCCCGGAUGUGGUAUGAGCCCACUGCGGUCGCCCGCCGUGAUCAGCAGACUUACGAGCUUCUCUCGUCGGAUCGGGCCAAGAACUGGCAGGACCCGGAUCCGCAUAAUCGAUUAAUGCCCCGCAAGAUGACGGAGGAAGAGUUAGCGAAGGAUCCUAAGCUCCAGGGCGUGCUCGCAAAUCUUCAGGCAAUUGGCGCGUCUCUGAAAGCGAACCAGGCGGAAAAGCCCGCUCAGAUCACGCCUGCCCCCGAGCCCACGCAGCAAAACGCUCCCCAACCUGUUACCACCACAGCAGAGGGUGCUCAGGCUGCUGCACCCGAUUACUCGGCCGCCUGGGCUCAGUAUUAUGCUGCUCAGCAACAGCAGCAGCAGCAAGGCUGGUACGGCCAGCAGCAGAACCAGUACACUCAAGCUCCACAGGCCGCUCAGCAGCAGCCUACCGACCCGAACAACCAGUAUGCGAGCAUCCUUGCAGCCCUCGGUGUCCAACAACCGGCCGCCCAGCCUCAGUCGCAGCCUACCCCGGACCAGAACAACCAAAUCCAGGCCGCACUCAUGGCCCUCGCCGCUGGUAACCAAGGCCAGGCCGCGGCCCCGGCAUCGGCCGACGCGCAGAACACCCAGUACCUACUAGACAUGGUCAAGAUGGCGACCAGUCAGAACCAGGGCCAGGCGCAAGCGCAACCCGCCCAGAACGCCUACCAGCAGUACUACGCCCAGGCUGCCCAGGGCUACGGCCAAGGCUACAACCAAUCCCACCAGGAGCGCGAGACCUACGGGCAGGCGUACGGCGGUAGCGGCAGUGGUGGUGGUGGUGGUGGUGGUGGACAGGACCGUGACUGGGAGCGGGAGCGGGACGGCUACGGCCGUGACCGUGAACGCGGCGACCGCGACCGCGACUACCAGCGUGGCGGCAAGGGCCGCAACACCGGCGGCGCCGGCGGGGGUGGCAAGAACGAUAACAUCCCCGAGCACCUCCGCGGCAUCAACCGCAACCUGAUCGGCACCAAGGCGUGUGCGUUCUGGGCCAAGGGCCAGUGUGCCAAGGGGGAUAAGUGCACUUUCCGCCAUGACUAA